AUGGCAAUACUUACUACGGCAACCCUAGCGCAAAUCGUACUUCUAUACUACACUAUUUCUACCCAGGCUGACAAGCAUACUCUUACAUGGAAAGAGUCAAAGAAAUAUGUUGAGGCCCAAGACAACGACACAUCCGACUUUUCAAAUAUCCCAGCGGUCCAAUCCAUAGUCCUUGAAGAUGACAUACUGAACACAACCGGUCCAUAUUUAAAUCAAUACCAAGAUGAUAAAACACAUGGAGUCAAAAAGAAUGACAUCGGGUCAAAAUAUGACGGGAGCUACACGGAGAAAAGAUUAUACUCAGGUACAGCUAUUGUUAAAUAUGAAGAUGGGGCAAAAAUAGAGGAUGAGUCGGACCAACUAGUUAACAGAGGCACAAUUGGUGAAGAUGAACAGAAAAGGAAAGACGACCUGAAACAAGCUACUGUCCAGGAUACUUUUAAUGAAACUAAAGAAAAGGAUGGGAAAGAAUCUUUCGCGAACUCAGACGAUGAAAUUGACGCUUCUGCCCCGGGCUUAGGCCUCACUGAUGCAAACUUGAUAGCAACUGAUGAAAAUACCUCAGAUGAAAAACUCAAUACACUGAAUAUUCCCCAGGGUAUUUUAAAAAAGUCAGGUGUCAACAAUAAUUUAAUUCCUGAUAAAACAACACAUUUCGAAGUUGAGUCUAAAUUCGCAUCAAAUAAAAUAAACUCCUGUGAUAUUAACCGACUAGUGGACACAAACGGGAUAUCAUUAAAUGAGUUAAUAAGCGAUACUGAAAUAGAACCAGAAAUGUCGAAUAAGCCAAAUGUACACAAAGAUGGUACAUCCGACCUGGUCGAUGAAAUAUUUGAUUUAGUAUCUUCAUCUCAGGCCCCCGGGUCAGAAAAGCCAUCAAGCGAUACAAAGAGUUCUUUUUCAACACGAAACGCAUAUCCAACUGUUCAAACAGACGAGUUUAACCGCACAGUCACCCCCACUGAAACUUCAGAUAAAGAAUGCAAUACAAAACACACAAAAGGACGUGAUAUAGACUCAACUUUGAAUAGUUCGACGUUUUCGUCAACUCUUCAAAAUACAUCUAUAAUUGGUCAUACAGAAAACACUGACGUAUCUCUGAAUAGCGAAGAAAUAAGUCAUAGUACCGAGUCUAGAAAACUCGACUUUGAAUAUAACACCUUGUUAAGAAAAACACAUAGCGGAAUAACUGGUACUGGGGACGUGCAUUUAACCGAUGAUUUCCCAAACACAGUUCAAUCCGUUGUUAAAGGUUCAGAUGAAAAUACCGGGGAUGUCAAAGAUACAUUAAUUAAGACGACAACAACCACUGUGCUACCGGAUUGUACCACCAAGGCCAAGGUUAAUACACCAACGGGGGAUCCAGAAAUUGUAAGUGUCAAUUUAGAUCAGAAACCAGUUGGCGAUAUUGCCCUCGAUAAAACAGAUGCUAUAAAACCACAUGAAUACGUACGUGAAGUCUGCACUCAUGGCGAUGUAGCUGUGGUAGAUCAGUUGGACACAAACAAAAAUGAAAACGAUCCAAUAAAAUGUCAGCAUCCACAACAGAGGGAGAGCCCAACAUCGAUUGCUGAACCUUCAAAAGAUGACUUGAAUACAAAUGUUGCUGCAAAGGAAAGUGACACCAAACUUACAAGUCACAAACUAAUUAACUUUACUGAGGACAGCGACACCAUAAGAACACAAACACCUGAUGAUGAGAUAAACAAUUCUGAAACAAUCGAAUCCAAUUCUGAGACUGCCACAGAAUUGAUUAUCUAUUCCAGUGAUACUGAAACAAAGCCAGUUCAGCAACGAAUAGUAUCUGAACCAAACAACCUUGCAGAGAAGUACCACAAAUAUCAUGAUGACGAUGAACUCUGUGUAUGUGAGCGAAUAACAUAUGAUAAUACUGAAGAUGUAGCUGAUUAUACGCCAAACUUCGUAAAUCCUGAUUUCGUAGACCCAGUGGAGGAGUUUUCCGAUCAGCUGAAAUCACUUGGUAAAGAGAGCACUCGUAUCAUUUCAUCUAUUUCUAAUUACUUUCAUCAACCUUCUCAGUCUGACGAACCACCACUUGACGAGCCAGUAAGUGAUAAUGGAAUUGAUAUACCUCGCGUAAAAAGUAACCAAGAUACAAACUACGCAGCUUAUCUUUCAUCAUCCCCUGGAUCUGUUGACAGCUUUGUUACUGCCAAAAGUACUGAUAGCAAUUUUCAUUUUGAUGAACCAAAUAUCGAAGAAGAUACAUCGUUCCAUGAGGAGGACGGUGUUGGCAUAUCCAACACUUUUAGAGAUUGUCCUUACUUAGAACACAGGGAUAAUUCUGAAUCCGAGACCUCAACCAUAGAACCAGACGAUGACCAGUCAGUAGUGCAAUCCGAAAAUUCCAAACGAACUGAACGUGAUAGUACUGGAGAUACUUUAUUCAUAGAAUUUCUGAAAGACCAGACUAGUCAGAGGGAUAUACUAAAACCUGAAUACAAAGAAUCCAAAACUAAAGAAACUAAUUCUGAUAAAUCGUACGAUAAGGGGCGUCUUCUAUCAGAAGCAGUUGGUCAUUGGACUAAUCUCAAGAGCCAAGAAAGUCCACAUCUUCCUCGUAGAGACAAUCUGUCGCGAAAACCAGAUAGAGCUUCCAAAAUUUCCAAAUCGAUUCAUGAUAACGUGAACACUGGAUCGCAUCAUUCUGCAGAAGAACUAUCAAGUGAGAACGCAACAAAUGUUCCCACGUCGUGUGAACAACUUUCAGAAUCAAUAACUUCAGUAACAGAGGUAUCUACCACAGAAACAACUAGUAAAACAAGUGAUGUAAACGAUGACAAUCAAUUGGAUGGAGACACUCAAAAUGAUUUCGAUCCAGUAAGCUUAGACUUUGACAUCGUCGAUCGCUAUUUUGAUCAAUACAAGUCUCCUCGCUCAAAUACACUUGAAACUGAAUCUGAAAUAUCUUCAAGGCAGAAAGGAUUAGAUCGGAUUGAAGCUGAGCUGAAUAUUAAUGACAGUAAGGAUUAUUCCGACGACAAUCUUGCCUUGGGAAAUAACGACUUAUACACUGGUUACUUAGCUAAUGAUAAAACUCGCAAAAGCCCCGAGCUAUCACGCAAUACCAGUAUACACGAUCAUUUAUUAAAUGGACAGCAGUUUGAUGCAACAGAUAUUACUACAUUACUUAGCUACCAGCAUGGUGGUUUUAAUGUAGAUAAUAGCGAAAAACAACACGACGGGAAGUCAGUAAAUACAGGAAUAUCUGAGGCAUAUCAAGAGGAUUAUACAUUACUGAAAUCAAACCUCGAUAAUCCUGAAGUUUUGACAUUACCGGAUAAGUAUGCAGAGAACACACACUUGACACCAACUUCACCAAAAAGCGGAAUAUUUGGAAAUUACUUUACAAGCAAGAAGUCAAGAACACUAUUUGUAUCCGAGGAACACGAUAAUCAAAAUAGUGUGGAUACAGGCAUUGCAGUGAAGGAAACUGUUGACACAAAGAUUGAACCGCUUGAUGAUCCAAAUGAUGAACCUCCAUCAUAUCCCCCGCCUCCAAUUCCAGUCGAUAUUGACCCUAGUUGUAGUAUUGAGACUAACAUAAAUGAAGAGUCACCAUAUCCGGAAGCUAUUAACUCAUUGAAAGAACACGAAUUACUUGAGAGUAACAUAACAAGUGUUUAUGAAUAUACAACAUAUGAACCGGAAGUUCAAAUAACUGAGGAGAUCAUAUCAAAACAACGAGUGAAUACUCCCCUGGAUAUUGAAAAUCAUUCUAUACCAGUUACGCAACAUAGGGAGCCUAGUCCUCCACCCAUUCCAAAAACGCCUUAUCCAGAUACUGAUACACAUGAAACAUCUAAGACUGAUAAUUUAGAAAAACCAGCAACUGUUGUAUUAGCAUUAUUUGAUCCAAGUAACACAGAAGAACCAGUGCAUUCAAAAGUAACUCCACCCUCUGUAUCAGCAACAUCUCAUCCAGAUUCACUAGCUCCAAAUGCAAAAGAAAUAAUAUCAACAUAUACUAGUACUGACGAGAAUCUUGAAAAUACCCCUGGGGAAACUGCUCCCCCUCCCAUCCCAGAGACACCAUAUCCUGACUUCUCUGAGGAAAGUUUCACCGAGAAUACAGAACAAAACGAGAUAAAACCUACUAAUAUACAAUCCCCGUCUGAUUUGAAUGAGACUUAUGAAAACACCUAUGCUGCACUAGACAUUAAUGACGUUGAAUCACUGGAGGAAGAAUGUGUAGAUGGGUCAGAUAUAGAAGAUGAUCAUAAUACUUCUGCUGAUAUAACAAUCGUUGCCGAUGACAAGGAUCUUGAAACUAACGAAUAUAUUCAGAUCAUACCCGACGCUGAAACAGUAGAAACAGUAACAGUAAGUGAUAAGGAUGUGAUUAAGACAGACAAAUGCCAAGAUCUUGUCAUUAACUCAGACCCUGAAUCGGAAGAAUAUAUUGAAAUUUUGCCUGACUCUAAAAUAGUCGAGGAAAUUGAAAUAAGUGAUGAGCAGGUGAUUAAAACAGACACAAGUCAAGAUAUUGCCAGUAACAUAGAACCCGAAGUUGAAGAAUAUAUUGAAAUCUUACCUGACUCUGAAAUAGUAGAAGAAGUUGAGAUAAGUGGAGAAAAGGUGAGCAAGACAGACACAAAUCAAUAUUGUGGCAAUAACAGCCCAGAAGACGAUCAAAUAGCAUAUAUAAAUAAAGUGGAACCAUGCUGUAUCACUGAUGAAAUAGUGGUAGAUCAUAGAAUUAUACAACACACAGACAAUAAAUUAAUUGACGCGGGAAAAUUAAACGAACCUACUAUUUCUACAACUGGUAACAACGAGCUAGUUGAAACAAGCAGUGCCAGUACAAAAGGCAUCAACGUAGCUGUAGAUCCAAUUAUAAAGGACGACGACAGAGAACCUCUUAACGACGACGAGAAAGAAACACCACCAGUUGGAGUAACGGGCUACCAGCCUUCAGUCAAUGAAAUAAACAGUUUUGGAUUUGAAAGUGAAGAUUCGGAAAAGCCUGUUGACAUUCAGGCAGAGAACUCACUUGACAAGGAAAUCCCAACUUCUGACAAUGAGUUACUUAACUAUGGUGACAAGCAUGCAAUUGAUAACAAACCGACCAAUGAUAUAAUACGUAAGGCCACAAAUGAAGUAGUCGUUGUUAGCGCUGAUGAGUUUAUUGACACAGACAGUGAGGCUGACUACCUUGAGCUAAUCGAAGACGUACGUGAAGUAGUCACAGAGGAGCGUACAUUUUCAGAGGAGCCACAGAAGAUUGGUCCAUAUAGCUUGGAAUACCUAAACGGUACGUUAGACGAAAACCAAGAAUACGAAGAGCUUCAUAUCACACCCCCUGUCAAAAGAAAGGUCAUAAAGGACGUUGUUACAACGAAAAGCGCAACAUCAAACGAGACUAUCGGAAAACAGAUAGAAUUUUCAAUUUCACCUGUGAAAACUGAUUUGAUAAGAACAGAAGAUUGUAGUACUAUUGAACAAGUUCUAACUGCAAAAACAUCACGUUCGAACAGUGUAUCAGAUAACAUUGGGGAAAGUGAUACACCUUGUAAAUUGGGUGAAGUGACUGCAUUAGAAAAGUCAAUUAAACCAAAAGAUUCAAGUCAAAAUGUUGGCAUUGAUGUCACCCAAUUAAAUGGCGAUAUAAACGUGAAAGGUGAUACGAGAAUAAGUAAAAUCAAGGACAGUAGUUCUAUAGGUGACGACACUGAUAUAUUUAAAAUCAGUCACUCGAAUACAAGCCCGCAUAGUGCAUUCACGAUAUAUUACCCUAGACAGGAAAAUAACACAACGGUCUAUUCAGCAGUACCAUAUAUCGCUUAUUCAAACCAAGAGCGUCGAAUCAGAGCUCCGAGCACAACGUUUAGCGAUAUUUCAAUUGUAUCAGUUGGCGAGAUUCACGUUGAGACGAUGGUUUACGGCAGGGGUCAAGAAGAGGAACUGCGUGGUCAGGCUGAGGUAGCCAUGCCUAUUAGCGUCGUCAAGCAGCAGGGUCCGGCCAGUAGGAAGCUACAGCAGAUAAAGAAUUCCCGAAUAUCCCAGCAACAUGUAUCAAGGAGUUCACCAGAUGGCACUGCUGUACUUGAGGUUGAACGUAACCGUAGUCAGCCUUUGGGAGAGGAGAGCAAAACACAAGUUAAUUCACAUGGCGUGUACACUAUCAAAUCAGGGGAUUAUAAAGGGAACAAUAGGGUAAAAAGGCAACUUUACGAGGUCGACGCUGGGAGUUUGAGAUCUCCUGAUAGUAAGCGAGUACUAGGCAGCAGUGAUGAUUUAAGAUAUAAUUCCCUUUCGCCAACGUCGGUAGAAGUUAGACGCCUGACAUCAUAUGAUUCACGUGAUAGUAUCAAUUCUCGCGAUAGUGACACUUUGAACUAUAGCAUGGAUUCUUUAGACAGCGCUUCUGCCUAUGCACGACCUCUUCAAAAUAAAGGUGCUCCUCAAAGUAUUCAGAUUCUACCUCAACAACCAAUGAUCAACAAACAAAAUAACGUGACCCAUUCUGUACCAAGCAUCAACAUUAGCAGCGUCACAUCUCCUGUUCAAUUCACAAAGGAUUUAACUCUCUCUACAAACAGCCCUUCUCGGCCAGGAGAGGUCCGAAUAAAUACAGGACCAUCGACGUAUGAACAGUCUCCAAAGAGGAUCCUACUUCACACACCAGUCCCUCAGUCACCCCAGCCAAAUGAGUACCGUGUGAGCUCUAGCCAAAGCCAUCAUCAUAAUCCCAUUAUAGAUUUGAGGUCGACACCUGCAAGUAUGACAGAGAAUUACACAGUCUAUCGUAAAGAUGUCACGAGUGCUCCAACCUUUAAUAUACACAGCAACAUGGCUCAAAAUCCAAGCUCAAUGGCAAGAGAACAGCAAAAUGUCAUCCGCAUUCCAGUAGAUGUAGCUCCCGAUCAAACCUUCAGGCAAAGUAUGGGGACCCCAGGUAUUCGCGCGAGUACACCUAUAAGAAACACACAGAAUCUCACUGUGCCGAAUCCAGGUGGAUUCACAACUAGUGAAAAAAGAACAAUCAAUAUACCUGUAGAUGUCGGUCCACAGCAGGUGAAUCAACAGAGCUUUGGUAUAACACCCUUGCCACAAAACACGCCUACACUUAGAGUUGGAACGUCGACCAGGCCUCGUAGUCGAAGUGCCGAUACAAUUCUGGAUGUAACUGAAAAGAGAUAUAGGUCAGGGACCCCCGUUGCAUCCAGUAAUGUUUCUGAGGUGAUCCAUUCUGCCGGAGGUCCAAUCUCAAUAAAACAACCAAUAGGUUCCCAAUACGAAUACGAUGAGUACGGUAAUUAUAUAGAUGUCACUGAGAAAAGAACAUUAGUUGGAAGUCCGAUUGCGUCUAAUAACAUAGCACAAAUAACACACACGCAGAAGACGCCGACGUCUACGCCACAACACGUGACGUCAUUGUUUACAGAGACGAACAGAAACGUCAUCGAAAGAAGUCCGACUCCUCUGAUUAAAACAACUGAGAGAAAAACGGUGCAUAUUCCCGUCAAUGUCGGACCUGAGCUAACAAAUCAAGUGAGUAGUAGUGUCGUGUUGACCCCAAACACUCGAGAUAUAAACAGCAAUGAGGUCCAUAAAACACUUUUCGUUGAUGUUCAAGGCAACUCAAGUCCCACAAUCAAUGUGAGUGGAAUACAUAAGAAUAAAGUGGAUGGGGAUGACCAGAGCUACAUCUCGAAGGUGUUUAUUCCACCAGACACCACCGAAAGUCCUAUUACACCUUCUAGGAUUGAUGUAAACGUGAACAAAUUCAAUCAACGACGAGAAAAUAAAAGCAUUGUGAAUAUAUCGACCCCUGUCGAGGCCAGCAAUAAAAUACAUCGGUUACAGAUCAACAGCCCGGCACCUAAGGAAAUACAUCGCAUUGAGGUAGAGAUCCCGAAGGAUAUUGAAGAGAAAGAAACGAUACAUCGACUGAGAAUAGAACAAGAAAAGCACGACCCACACCACCACAUAAUAAUUGAGCAACCCCGCAAAGAAGAAAAGAAAGAAUAUAUCGAGGUAAGGGAAAUCAAAGAACAGGUCCCUAAGGCACGAAACAAGACGGUCAAGAAGGUAACACAAAUUGUUGAAAAACGACCUCCCACUCCACAAAAACGGACUGAAAAAAGAGAAAAAAUAGUUGAAAAGGUUGUCCAUAUUCAUAAACCUGCGAAGGUCAAUGAGGAGGUUCACCGUCAAGAGGUAGUUAGCACUAUAAAGAAGCCACGUGUUGAAGAGCACCAAGCAACAAUAAAAGUGGCUGGGAACUCCAAAAUGGAAGCACAAGGAGAAGUCAUCAGCAGGGAUCCAAUGUUCUUUGCAAAUGAGGAAGACGAGGAGUUCUACGAAGAAACUGAGGUUGUAAUACCUCCAAAUGACAACUUCAAUGUGAACAGGGGUAGAAUUCUAAUCACAAAUCACCUGGACACAACUGGGCCAGCAAAAACUGUAGAUAUUGUAUCUGACAAUGAAUCACUUCAUGAAUACAUUGAGGAGAACGUUAACAUGUUUAACGAUGAGUUCAAGGUCACUAGAGAAAAUCCUGUUUACUAUAGCGACGAUGAAACCCUCAAUGAAACAAAACGUAAGAGAACCUCAAAAAAGACGAUUGAGAAGGUGACAAAUAUUAACGUCCAACUCCCACAUACAGACACAAGGAAGCGGGAAGAGGUGCUUUAUUACGAUGAGUCUGACUACCCACAAAAGAAACAGACGAUGAGGAUAGAAGAAGAAGCCUGGCAGAGGGGUGGGGGCGACCGGUACGAAGACACGGAAGAAAUAGAAGAACGUGAAGAAACUAGGUAUAAUGUAGAAGGGCUGGUUGAACACGACCCCGGACAGACUCGCUAUGAAUACCAUUGGAAGAGACAGGCUCCAAAAGAAGCUAGACAUUAUAAAG